AAGCAAAGUUUACAACGGUUUUAUUAGUGAGAUUUUUUCAUCUUUUGUGUGUUACAUUAAACUUUUGUUGUAUCAGAAUCGAUAUUACAAAGUAAUUACUUUGUAAUUGUUGAAAGUGAAAAUAUGACAUCGAGUGUGUGUUAAAUUAAUUAGAACAGAAUGAAAUGAAAAUUUGAGGUUAUGUUCUUUGAUACAGCCGGUAAAUAAAUGGAAAUAAAGUUCAUAGUACAAAUAAAUCAUUUUAAUAAGGCUUAAUUAGAUGCUAUAAAAAAAAAAAAAUUCAAAAUUUAUCAACUAUCAUAGAAGUUAUAAAACUGUCAAGAGUUGUCAACAAUUUCGAUCUUCCCUCAAUAUUGGUGACUCAAAUUAAAAUAAAAAAUUACCGAGGCCAGAAAAUUAAAUUUCAAGAUGCAGAUUGUUUAUAAGUCAAAAUUAUUUAUUUCAACCUAUAAACAAAAAAACCUAUCUCGAAUUACUGCCGACAGAAAAAGGAAAAAAGAAGAAUAUUAUAUAAAUUACAAGUUAGAGGGAAUUUUAAAUUUCUCCAGAUUAUUAAUCUUCUUUAAAAAAAAAGAAUAUAUUGCAUCUAUGGACAACAAGAUAAGAUUGACGGAUGGUGAUGCUGAGAAAUCCAUCACCGCUGCGAGGCGAAACUCCGCCGAAGAAUUCAAGAAAACUUGAACAAAAAAAGGGAGGUCGAAAUUCCAGGGGUGUAAGUCCAAGUGAAAGAUCAACAGGAUCUCGUGGAAGUAGUCCUGGGAAAAUUAGUUUAUACUCAAAGGGCUUGAGAAAAAGUCCAUCUCUUGGAUCCAGAGGCAGCGAAACUGGGAGUAUAGAAAGAUUAAAUGUCGGAGAUCGAAGAGCAAUUGCCUCGAAACAUUUGCUUCCCGAAGAUAAUAUCAAUGUCGUCAUUCGAGUGCGUCCGCUUAGCAAUAAGGAAAUUAAAGCCAGGGAUGAUAUGGCCGUUCAAUUUCCUGGUGGAGGACAGAUAUACUGUGAUGGCUUCUCGCACAGUACGGAGAAAAAGGCAAAGUUAUUUUCAUAUAAUGCUGUCUUUGAGCCUGCAGCCACUCAGGAGGAUAUUUUAUUAUAUUCCGGAAUUAAAAAGCUAAUAGAAAUGGCGGUUGAGGGUUUCAGCUGUACUGUCUUCUGUUACGGCCAAACCGGAAGUGGGAAAACGCAUACUCUUACGGGACCACCUGGACUGUUUUUAAAAAUGAAUCCCUAUUCAGAGGAUCAUGGAUUGGUCUUCCGCUCAUUUGUCUACCUCUUUAAACUUUUACAAGAACGACAGGAAUGUAAUUUUGUCUUAAAAGCCUCAUUUUUGGAGAUUUAUAAUGAAAAGGUUAUAGAUUUAUUAAAUCCAGGUUCGAGAAAGCCACUCGCUGUUCGAUGGAGUAAAAAAUCACGCGGUUUUUUUGUUGAAAAUCUUUUCACUGUUGAGUGUGAAGAACUUGAUGAUCUUUUAGCAGUAUUAGAAGAAGGAAUGAGAAACAGAGCUGUCGGUUCGCACAAUAUGAACGAUCAUUCCAGUAGAAGCCAUACAAUACUGACUGUUCACAUCACUUCCGAGCAGCAGAUGGAAAAUGGUGUUUUCAUUACAAGACAGGGAAAAAUCAAUUUUGUCGAUUUAGCUGGUAGUGAAAUGACAAAAAAAACUCAAAGUGAGGGUAAAACUCUCGAGGAGGCUAACAACAUUAACAAAAGUCUGAUGGUUUUAGGUUACUGUAUUGCGUCUUUAAGUGAUGGUAGAAAGAAAGGUGUUCAUAUUCCAUAUCGAGAUAGCAAAUUAACAAAAUUAUUAGCUGAUAGUUUAGCAGGAAACGGAGUUUCGCUGAUGAUUGCCUGUAUAUCACCGGCUCGUUCCAAUGUCAGUGAGACAAUAAAUACUUUACGAUAUGCUUCGAGAACGAAAAAAAUCCGAACCAAACCCAUUGUUGUUAUGGAUCCCAGAGAAGCUUUAAUUUUAAGUUUAAAGAGAGAAGUCGACGCAUUGCAAAUGGAAAAUAAUAGUCUCAGAGCCGCUCUUUAUCUUGGAAAUGAUUCUUCGAGUAACAAUCGAAAUGAUUCUAAAGCAGAAAGCCGAGUGCCAAAAACUCCACCAGUUGAUUUGGAUAAAUUGGCGGAACUUGAAAAUUCCGAGCUUAGCCAAUUGGUUCGGGUCUAUAUUAAUGAGAAUGAAGCAUUGCGACGUGAAAACGCUGAACUUUAUUCGACACGCGAGCAAGUGAUACGUGAUCAGGAAAUUGUUUGCAGAGAAAAUGAGCGGCUUUUAAAAAAAUUAGAGGAUGUCAAUUCCGUUUGUUGUCGUUCACCAAUUAUACCGGCACGACCAACUUAUUCUUCAGAAAUGCUUAAUGGCUCAAAUAAUGAAGAUCUUCCAGAUUCCACGAAUAUAUGGACCAAUCCAAAUGCUCACUCGACUUCUCCAAAUUAUUCCGUCUCCAGGGAUUUAGUGGAUGUAAAUGGAAUUUCAAAAUAUGGAAGUGUAAUGCCUGAAAAAGUAUUAAAAGAAUUGGACAAACGACGAAUUAUCGGUAGCGUUAAUAAUAUUGCCGAGGCCUAUAAAGAUAAAAGUCAUCAUCGUCGUCAUAACUCUUGGGAUAAUGGAAAUGAAUCUUCAGUGAGUCCGGAUCAAACCAUUUCUCUAGUUAACGGAAGUCGCCAAAAACGAGUGACAUUGCGUCGCACGUCAACUGUUCCUGAGGAAAUAAAAAGUUCGUCAAAAAUAAAUGACGUCUUGGGUGGACCUGUUUUUCCAAAUGUCGUACAAUCAUUAAAUGGCACUCCAGAUUCUAUUUUGAGCGGAUUACUUUUAGAGGGUGGUACAUCAGUUCCAGAUUCAGCUGAAUCCGAAACACCAACUGUACCAUUUCCAUUAAUCACAUCGUCAUUUACAACAGCAGCAAAUCAAUUGUUUGACAAUAAUUUUCAUGAUGGGAAAUUAUUGUUGAGAACAAAUUCACGAUUGCGAAUUAAUGAUAAAAUUUCUAAUACAUUGAAAGAUAAUUUACAUCGUGCUUUUGGUAGUCCCGUUACGCCUGAUGAACAAUUUCAUAAUCAACCAAUUUAAUUUUUGAUUAAAUGAUAUAAAAUUUUAAAAAAUAUGAGAAAUAUAGGUAUAUAUAUAUUUUAAAUACCGCGGGUGUAUAUGAAUUAAAAUUAAUUUUCAUAUAGAAAAUAUUAGUGCAAUAGGAAGUUGUACAGAGUUGAUUUUAUGGAAAUAAUUUAUUUUGAACAAUUUUAUCAAUAGAAUAAAAAACGUUCAGCGA